GUUUUGUGAUUUUGUGAUAAUUAAUAAUAAUUUAAUUGAGUGCAGUGUUGAUCGUGUUAUUUUCGGAAACUAAGAUAAUCGGCAUGCCGUGGGCGUGAAAUGGAUGGUAUUCAGAUGGAGCCCAUCGGCAAGUAUAAAGCCGAUCGUAACGGAUCCGCUAAGGCGGCCGCUUGGAGAAACAUGGUUGAUCAGGACUUGGAUGACGUGGCGUUUUUAGCUGACACAGAUAAAGCAAGGGAAGCGAGGGAGCUCGGUGACACGCCCGUGGCUGUGUGUUCCCAACGAAGAGCGCUAUGUCUCGCAGCUUUAGUCUUCUCCGCGAUGUUUGCUACCGCGCUCCUAGUGGUGUACGCAACUCCGCAGCCUGAAUGCCCAUGUCUAAGUGAAGCUGAACUAAUACCAGGUCAAUCGCCAACGGGAUCUGAAGAAAAUGCAACAACCGCUAAUAAAGAUAGGAUAGCCAGCAAUGGAAUGGUUUUCCCAUGGCGUGGCGCGAGGUUACCAACCUUCCUAAUACCCAAACACUAUAGUCUAUGGUUACACCCAAAUCUGACUACGGGAGAGUUGAGAGGUGAAGUUUCAAUAGAUUUCAAGGUUGACCGCGACAGUACAUUCCUAGUCCUCAACGUGAGGGAUAUGAAUAUAACAGAAAGGGCACUGUUUAAGAGUGGCGGUUCUUUGGGCCCGAAGGUCGCUAGGACGUUGGAUUAUCCGCCGGCUGACCAAACAUAUAUCGAGUUUAAGGAGAAACUUCGCCGGAAAUACAAUUAUACACUGAGUCUCCGUUUCAUAACGAAAUUAGAUAGAAGCGACAAACAACGCGGUUUCUUCCUGACAUCAACGCAUCGACAUCGUUGUGCGGUGUCCCGUUUCUGGCUGACUCACGCCCGUUCAGCGUUCCCUUGCCUCGAUGAACCGCAUCUCAGAGCUACCUUCAAACUUACCAUUGUAAGGGAUAGGUUUCACGUAUCUUUAACAAAUAUGCCGAUAGUCGCUACCGAAGAAGCUGGAUUUUAUUUAGGACACAGAUUACUUCAAGACGAAUUUGCAAUUUCCCCUCCAAUGUCGACACACAUGAUGUCACUCGCUGUGUGCCGCCUCCAGCGUAGAGCUGCACCGCCUCUACCCGAACCCACUCCAGAAGUCACUGAAGCUCCGCCGGAUGACUUCAUGCCCCCACCGGAAGUCAGCUUAUACAGUGACCAGCAAGUUAUACUGGAUGAAUCGGGGCCAUUGCUAGAAUGGGUCCAGAAAACGAUACAGCUGUUCGCGUUCGAACUGAACACAUCUUACCCGUUACCUAAGUUUGACAUCGUAGUUGUUGAUGGGGGUAACCAGUUUUCUGAAGGUUGGGGUCUGAUCACUCUGUCGCCAUCAUUACUUACGGACACGAAAGCGAUUGCAAGAUUAUUAGCACAACAGUGGUUUGGAGGUCUGGUUUCACCGCGCUGGUGGAGCUCGCAGUGGCUUCUUGAAGCCUUAACGUCAGUAUUGGGUGAAAAGGCGCCAGCAUUAGGCGGAGCUCCCGCUGAACGGCAACAGGACGCCUUGCUACUGGAUCAUGUAUUACCUGCGUUGAGGUUGGAUUCGAGCUACUCGGUCCGAGCAGUCGCGUCACCGAGAUUGGAUAAAGCGGAUAUAGAAUCAUCUACCGAUGACUUGUCAUUACAUAAAGGUGCAGCCAUAGUGAGUAUGGCGAUAGAGGCCGCGGGGCAGGAAGCUGGACGCGCUGCGCUCGCGCGACUGUUGCGCGACCAUCGCUCAGCCAGUGCCGAUGCCAGAGAUCUAUGGCGUGCUCUCCAGCACGACAGUCCCGAUGAUGCCCCCGCUCACGCCUGGGACGGUUGGUGCGAGAGACCUGGAUACCCUUUACUUUGUGCCCGGGUAUCUGGCAGUGACGUGGUGCUGAAGCAGGAAAGAUUUGUCAUGUCUGCGGAUCCACCGGACCCUGAACCGCCGAUGCUGAACUACCUCUUAACUUCAGACCUUCGAGCUGAGCUGGAUGAAAUAUUCUAUGAACCCGAAAACUUUACCGAAAUAGUGGAAGAAGAUAUCAACGCUACAACAACGACACCGACCCCGCCAACAACAACCAAACGGACGACAAUUAAAACAACAAAAGCUCCACCAACACCGAAAUGGGUUAUACCAGUUACCUUCUCAGUUGGACCACUUAAUCACGGCGAUGAUGAAGAAGUAGAAAACCUUACAAAGCUUUGGAAGAACGUUACAGAAAACAUACAAAAUGGCACCUGGUAUGAUAUAGUCAACGACACAAAACACACGUCGAGGUGGUCGGAAAAUGUCACUUAUCUCAUUUGGAUGAAUGACACAGAAAUGGUUAUACCAGAGCUGGGCAAACACAAGUGGGUGAGGUACAACGUGGGAGCGCGCGGUCUAUACCGCGUGGCCCCCCAGGACCGAAAUGCUGGAGAGUCGUCGGAGGCGGCGGCGCGGCGCGCGGCGGCGCUGUACGCGAGCGGCGCGGCGGCCGAGCGCGCGCUGCUGCUGGACGACGCCUUCGUGCUCAGCCGCGCCGCCCGCCUGCCCGCCAGCAGGGCCGUCGCCGCGGCCGCUCAUCUGGCAACGGAGCGUCAUUGGGCAGUAUGGCGUGUGGUUGUCGGGCAUCUGUCCUGGUGGCGGGAACUGCUCCAAGUUUCAGCGUCAGGACCACACCUUCAAGAGUUGCUAAGCACCCUACCACCGCGUUUACCAUUGUACACUUACCAGGAAUUACAAGAUCCGGGGAUAAAUGAGGAUCAGCUGUGGUUGAGCGGAGCAUUGCUAACAGCUGGCGUGGAGUGGGGCAACGAAAACGUCACAGAACAAGCGCUGGAGCUGUUCGACGCUUGGAUGAAUGAUAAUGAGACGAUACCGGAAAUAUAUCAGGAGGGCGCGUUCACGGCGGGCGUGCGCGCGCGCGGCGCGGCGGCGUGGCGGCGCGUGUGGCGCGCGCUGCUGACGUCACACGCGGCGCCGCGCCCCACGCACUCGCACGCCGCGCUGCUGGCCGCGCUCGCCGCGCCGCGCGACGACUGGCUGCUAUACCGGUUCGCGUACACGGUGAUGUCGAGCGAGGCGCAGCGCGGGCGGGAGUGGAAGACCUGGGUGACGUCACUCUGCCAGGGAAUUUGCAAAUGGCGCGGCGCUUCGGGUAUUUGGAGGAUAUUGAACAUGACGACACUUCCACCUUCCGCCUUACAAGCAGCAGCACGGUGUCUCCAUCAACCCGGAGACUAUUACAGGUUUAGGGAGUUAUUUGGAGCACAGAAAGGCGCGGCAAUCGCCUUAGACACGAUCGCACUCAACACAGCGUGGGUGUCUCGCGCUGACGGUGAUCUUCUCUCGUACUUCAACGCAGUGCACAAACAAACGGAUUAA